CUAAAUCCGUUACAGCCGCGGCGGCCGCAGCAUCGGUUUGUUUUCUGUGCGCCUUCAAAAACUAACGAGAGAAAUUAAGUAAACGCCAUACAUUUAUAUAGAAGUAAAUGUAAUUCUCAAACUACUAUUUUGGGGCGUGGAGGUUUGCUUGUCGAGGAAGUGUAUUGUCUUCAAUAUCGAGGAAACGCGUAAUUAUAAUCCGUGGAUUAUUAUUUAGUUUACUUUCCGAUUUAUGCAUUUACUGGUCGACGAACUUUCUUGAUUAAGAGACCGCUGCGGGGCAGGAAUCUGGCCAGCGUUCGAACGACAAGAAUCCAAUCGGCGGUGAGGCACUCCUUUAGCCGAGUUCUCAACCGCAAGCCUCUCGCGAUGAACACCAGCGCCAUGGACGACAUUCACUCCCUCGAGUGCGUCCGCUCGAAGAUCAAGACCUUGCAAUGCCAGGCGAAGAGUGCCGAGGAGCGGGCAGCCUGCCUCAACAGCGAUCUCUACUCGGAGAAGCAGGCCCGCGAAGAGGCGGAGAGCCGCGUGGCGUGCAUGGGCAAGCAGGUGCACGUGACACGGGCAGAGCUGAGCCGGGCCGAGCAGGACCUACACUCGGUGCUGGAUCAGCUCAACGACGCCGAGCACGUGGCCUGCGAGUACAAGAAGGCAAUGUGUGACCUGGAAGACCGCGUGCUCUGCGGGGAGCAGACCAUCGAUGAGCAGUGCAUGCAGCUGAAGCGAGCUCGGGAGAUGCUCACGGAGACCGAGUGCCAAUUCAAGGAGGCCAACAGAGUGCUGCGGAUUCUGGAAGGCGACCUCAUCAAGUCGGAGGAGCGCGCAUGCUGCUCCGAGCAGGGCGUGGUGCAGCUGGAGAAGAAGCUGAAGAAGCUGAAGGAGGAGCUGCUGCUCAUGUUCCGCAACGAGGAGAUGCUGCUGCACUCGGAGAAGAUGUACGAGAAGGAGAUGGCGAGCCAGAUGGAGCGGCUGCACGACAUGGAGGUGCGUGCGGAGUGCGCGGAGAAGCACACGCGCAAGCUGGAGAAGGUGGUGCACCAGCUGGAGGACAAACUCUCCCAGGCUGAGUGCGUGAACGUCGACCUGGAGAGUGAGAUGACGCACAUCUUCUGCGAGCUCAAGCGAUGCCUCUGAGCUUGGCGGCGGGGUCACCAGGGGGGGGGGGGGGGGGGUCACGUCCCACUGCCAUGACCCCCAACCCCCCGAUAUUAGCAGAAGUCGCGCGUGCCAUUGCUGUUCACGACACGCGCGCUAAUGGUGAGAUAAUUAAAAGUUCCCGUCGGUAAGAUGGAGUUUGCUUGC